CCUCUCACUAGGGGACGUAAUAAUUCUACAAACAUAAAAACAUUUGGUUUUCUGAGAACAAAUUAACCCCAAGCCUGUCGAGGCACUGGGGUACCGAGAAAGAGAGGAAGAGGGAGACAGAGGAUUCUUUUCCUUUCUUCUUUCUCAAUAUUUUUAAUAUCUUGUUCAUUUUUAUGUUAGUGAAAACGUAAUUGUGCUUGAUAAUUAAUUAAUAUUCCUUCCAAGCAAUGAGAACGUUGUGUCCUAAUUUUGACAAGUCAGAUGGAUUGGAUACUGUUCUUGAGGUGCCUAUUCCAGAGGAAAUGUUGACCAACAUGGGUACCAAUGGGUUCAAUCGUUGGCAGAACCUAAAAACUCUCAUGAAUAAUGCUCAAGUUGCUGAUAAGUCAUCGGGUCUCGCGGCAUCCACAAAUACCGAAUUCACUGCAUUGCUUAAGCUUGUGGGUGCUCCCCUUAUUCCUCUUCAGGUUCAAUCUGACCAUACUUUGACUCGCCCCCUUAGAGAUUGUUCCAUUAGAGAUUCAAUUGGGAAAUACAUAGUACAACAAUACGUGGCAGCGACCGGAGGACAAGGUGCAUUGAAUGCCCUGAAAAACAUGUAUGCAAUCGGAGAAGUGAGACUGCAUGGGUCAGACAUGCGUCGACAUGGCGAUGAUGAUAGCAUGCGGUCAGGGGGCAAAGCUGAAGUAGGAGGCUUUGUUCUAUGGCAAAAGAACCCAGAUUUAUGGUGCUUGGAAUUAGUAGUCUCUGGUUUCAAAAUUACUGCUGGUAGUAACGGCAAGUUAUCCUGGAACCAGUCUUCUUCUCAACCUUUUCAUUCCAACAAAGGCCCUCCUAGACCCCUUCGUCGCUUCUUCCAGGGGCUGGAUCCAAGGGGUACGGCUAACUUGUUCCUAGACGCUGAAUGUGUAGGGGAGAACACAAUAAACGACGAUUUGUGUUUCAUGCUAAAAUUACAAACAGAACAGAACACCCUCCAAGCACAAAGCACAUCCCACACUGAAAUUGUAAUGCACACAAUAUUGGGAUACUUUAGCCAACGCACGGGGUUACUUGUGAAAUUUGAGGACACCAAAUUGGUGAGAAUGAAAGCUGUUAAAGGAAAAGACUCAGUGUUUUGGGAAACAACCAUUGAGUCUACUAUUGAUGAUUAUAGAUAUGUUGGUGGCAUUAAUAUAGCACAUGGAGGGAGGACAGUUUCCACUCUUUACAGGUAUGGCGCGGCGCGAAAUCACAAACAGAUGAUUGAGGAAACAUGGACGAUUGAAGAAGUUGAUUUUAACAUUUUUGGGUUGUCUAUGGAUUGUUUUCUCCCUCCCUCUGAUCAUGAGAGAGAACAUGAUGGUGCUGAGCAUACGGUUGGAUUGAGUUAGGAUUUUGCCACUCUCUCAACUCAACUGUAGGAAUUGUGUAAAUACAACAUAGACAAGUAUAGGUGAAUCAAAAGUUUUUGUACUUUGUCCUAUACUUGGAAGGUCCAAUAUUUAUCUUUUUAACAGAUAAAUUUUCUCUUCACAUAAAAUACAUUUCUAUUUAAAAUAGAUUAAUAAUGGAAGAAAACUAACUAUUAAAUGGAGUAUUUCUUGUGCGACCCUUUCACUCAUCAAAAUCGACCCUUUCACCCAUCAGUAUCGACACGACUCCAUCUUUGAUCCGCCAACAUUAGCGAGAGGUCUUGUAUGUAUCUUAUGUCUCUCUAUUCGAAUUCUGUUGUUGCCUAAUUUCUAAAUUAUUCUACCAGAGAUAGGUUUACCCUUUCAAUCUCAAUUUCGUUAAAAACUCUAUUUAACUGUUUUGCUCAUCAACAGUGUUAACCAAGAUUCAAUCAUCUUCACCACGUUUCGAUCCUCUAUGAAAUUAUUCUAUUUUUUGUUGUACAACUUAAUGAAAAACCCUUGGAACUUAAUAUGAUUUUCGUAGUUUUCAAACCCUAACUCGUUUGUUCAAUAGCAAAUGAUGAUAAUUGUUUUUAUCUUUUCACACUGAGAUUCUGUGAAGACCAAAAAAUCCACUUAUUAUCUGAUGUCUUACCUGUAUCAAUUGUUUCAGUUUUCAAUUGUAGCAUGCAUAGCUAUUGCAAAUGUAAUCAAUGUUUCAGUUCUUAAGUUUAGCAUAGCAAUUGUUUUUCAAUUAUUUUCCUUAAUUAUUGUGCAAGAUUCUUACAGCAUGUUGAAGAUUAGUUGUGUUGUAUAUUUUUUUUAUUUUUUUUUUCUCCACCACCAUUUUCGGAGUUGAACCUUGGUGUGAAAUAUCUAGUGGCUAUGAUGAAAAGAAAAGUUUAUGCAAUUAAUUUUCAACAAAUUCUAAGGUGGACCACUUUGAUAAAUGGUCUACCUUGGACCGAUACUUAAAAAUUGUUUAAAAUUUUAACUGCGACAUACAUUAUCUUAUGAAAGUAGAAAUUCAUCGUCCUCCUCAUUUUUAGGAUUGAGAAGUGACUUGAUUGACUUUGGUUCAACAAAAAUAAGAUAAAACUAAUGUGCCCCCUCAAAAUUAAACUCGUAUAGUUAAAACCAAUUAAGUCAUAGUCUCAACAGUAUAGACGAGGAGGCUCUUUGAGAAGUGUAGUCAAUCAUUAUAAGGACAUAUGUUGUGCUGGUACACAUAAGCACUUCUUAAUUUAAAAAAGUUAUGUUCCCCUACUAGUUUUGAAUUUUGAUGAACAACUUGGUGUUUUUAACCAUAUGUAUGUCUAUAUUAAUGUUGCUACCAAUUUGUAUUGAGCUCAACUUGGUUGUUGUGGUCCUCAAUUGUCAACUUUUACAAGGUGCUUUGAUCGCUUCAAAUGUUACAUGGCAUCUUUAUCAGGGUUGAUGAGGACAUCACUGCUUUGAAAUGUUCACAUGUUAUGUUACAUACCACGAGUAUAGAUGUGGAUGGAUCAUAUUCUGUAGUGCUUACUGUUAAAUUGAUAGUUCCAGAAAAGGGCACCCAUGUUCUUCUGCUGCUUGUUCUAUUGCUACAUUUUCCAGUCAAUAGAAUGGCUUGCAGUGAUUUUUAAUUUUCUGAGAAAUAUUGUAAAGUUCAUUUCAGGCGCAUAGUUCUCGUGUGGGAAAUGAUGUGCUGUAACUUUGAGGCUCUAUCACCCUCAAAUGGUCUGCAGGCAACCUUAAUCAAUUCUCUGAUGACUUGGAUUCAAUGAUUCUUGAGGAUCUAGAUGUCCUGGUACCCAACAAGACAUAGCUGUUAGUUUGAUAGAACCAUGAUCUGUUACUGUGACUUUUGUAAAAGUUGCACUUUAAGUGCGUUUUAGUAUCACGGUGUAUUUGCCACAAUCACUGUGAGCCACCAUGAUUUUGCAAAAAAAA